AUGGCUACGCCGCCACGGAGGCCACUUCCUGGCGCAUACUUCCAGACUCCAGCUCCCGUGCCUAAUCCCGUGCCUAAACCGCCAGCUGCUGCUCCCUCCGCCGAUGCAGCCGUACCGGCGCCCGCCUCGCUUCCCAAAUUUCCUCCCGCGGCGUCCAAGUCGAAAAGUCAGACAUUGAGAACGGAGGAGCGGGGCGCGCGGACGAUCAAUGAUACUCUACUGCAGGAGGCUCGCUACCCGGACUUGGACAACUAUCUCUCGCAGGGAUUCUCGUCCGACUAUGACAUGCCCGUGGUACCGUCAUGGUACCCUUUCCAGAAAGUGAAGAUGUAUAAUAUCCCUGAUCAAAUCUUCGAUCAGUAUAAUCGUGCCCAGGUUUCGACGAGCAUGGGUCUCUUCGCCGAGCUGAAUCACGCGUGGGUUGCCAUUGACAACGCCCUCUACAUCUGGGACUAUACGCAUCCCAACCCUCAAUUGGUGGGAUUUGAGGACCAGCCGAACAGCAUUAAUUCCGUGCGCCUCGCGAAACCUCGCCCCGGCGUGUUCCUGCCUUCCAUCACUCACCUGCUGGUCAUCUCCACGACGGUUGACGUUAUCCUGCUCGGAAUGGGCUGCGAAGCAACGGCAGCUGGAGCGCGACAAGUGACGUUAUACCAGACCGGCAUGUCGGUAUCGAUUCGUGGCCUUGAUGUUGAUGUGAUCACCUCUUCCGACGCGACGGGCCGUAUCUUUUUUGGUGGUUCUUCCAGUGACGAUGUCUACGAGCUUGUCUAUCAGCAAGAAGAGAAAUGGUUCAAGGGCCGGUGCUCCAAGGUGUGCCACACUAGCUCGCGCCUAUCGACGAUCACCCAAUCGCUCAGCUUUACGGCACAACCGUUCGAAAGAGUAGGGCAGAUGGAGGUCGAUGACAGCAGGAAUUUGCUUUACACCCUAUCGACACUGUCCACGAUCCGAGUCUUCCAUAUGAAACCCGACGGUACUCUUGCUUUGGCCAUCACCAAGCAGGCGAGCGACAUCUAUGCCAACAUUGGACAUAUCAUCCCCACAAAUGACACCGUUCACGCUCGGGUACGCAUUGUCUCCAUCAGCCCUAUUCCUGCGGCCGAGGCGUCGAGAUACCACCUGAUGGCAACCACCGCCACCGGAUACCGCAUCUACCUCAGUGCCACUGCUUCAUUCAACUGGACCUCAGACCCCUCGAGUUCUGCAGCCCCCACGAGCAUGCAGGCGCAUCACGUCAAAACUCCUCCCAUCAACCCGGCCCUUAUGGCUGAACAAGGUCAGGCCAUGCCAGGCCAGCCCCGAUCCACGACAUCGAUCGCGUCAAAGCAGUCCAUUUACUCUCUCGAUCCGACUCGAUUCGCUGCUCGGUUCCCGCCGGGUUAUUUCUUUUGCAUUACGUGCAAGGAUUCGGUGUUGAAAACCGACACGCUUUUCAUCUCGUCCCCUGAUUCAGGGCGUGUGGCCCGUUCGCAAGAGAAUGUGAUCCCCGAGAAGGCCGCAGAGACGGCAACUUGGCUGAGACUUGGUAGCAGCGCGGAGGAUAUCGGCAUCUGUUCGCCACCUCCCGUGGCGUCGAACACCCCCGGGGGCUUCAGCAAUGAGCUUGCCGUCCAAUUCGAAAACCAGGCAGCGGAGAUUGCCAUCCUGACGAACACCGGCAUUCAUAUCAUUCGCCGACGACGUCUCGUGGACAUUUUCGCGGCAUUGGCGCGUAAUGGCGGCGGUGAGGAGGGCCUGGAUGGGGAAGUCAAGAGCUUCAUCCGCACGUACGGCCGGAGUGAGACUCUCGCAACCGCCUUGGCGGUGGCAUGUGGCCAAGGGGUGGAAGUGUCGACGGACUCGCGAUUGACCCAGGUCACUGACCCGGACGUUCUGGAGUUCGCGCGUAAGGUAUUCAUCGAAUACGGCGGAAGGCCGACGAUGAACGAAAACGUCGUUGCCGACAGCUCAACCCCCGCGAUCGACACCGUUGUGCUCUCCCCCCGACAUGCCGGUAUCGCUCUCUACAUCUCCCGACUUAUGCGCUCGAUUUGGAACAAGGAAAUUGUCACGGUGGCCAGCACGCCCAAUGGGGCGCAGACCGUCUCUCCCUCAGUUGCUCCGGCGAAGCUGCAAAGCGUCCAGCGAGACCUCGCGGCUCUGCAGGAGUUCUUCACGGCGAAUAAGAGCUUUAUCGAAGGAUUGAGUGGCCCAGAGGCUCUGACCCGGGUGUCAACGAAGCAGGAGGAAACGGCAUUGCAGGCGGAACACAGGGCUCUUCACUCUCUCGUUCAACUUGUGUCGCACACCAUCGAAGGCAUUUCGUUCGUGCUGGUUCUCUUCGACGAGCGUGUGGAUGAGAUCGUUGCACCAUUGCCCGCUGAGUCGAAACAGCGUUUCAUCACCCUCACAUUCGAGGAGCUUUUCAGCACCGGCAAGGGCCACGAAAUCGCCAAGGAACUAGUGAAGGGGAUUGUCAACAGGAACAUCGCAAAGGGUUCGAACGUUGAAACAGUGGCGGACGCCCUCCGACGACGGUGCGGCAGCUUCUGCAGCGCCGAAGACGUGGUUAUCUUCAAGGCUCAGGAAUGUUUGAAGCGGGCUACCGAGGCUGGUUCUAACUCGGAAUUCGGUCGCAACCUGCUGAAUGAGAGCUUGCAUACAUUCCAGCAGGUGUCCGAGAGCCUGCCCAUGGACUAUCUCGUCUCCGCGGUGGAAAGUUACGUUGCGAAUCAAUUCUUUGCAGGCGCAAUUCAGCUUGCUCUCAAUGUGGCUCAAAGUUCGGAUAAGGGCAACGCCGCAUUGACAUGGAUUGCCGAUGGACGUCCGGAAGAGGAUUCCCGCAAGGACUACUUCUAUUACCGGAAGCAGUGCUAUGAACUUAUCUUCAAGGCCAUUCUUGCCGUUGACAACCUUGCGGCUCAAGAUGCCGGAGUCAUCGACGGCCAAUUGACCACCAUUGCCAAACGCCAGAAUGAAGCCUACGGGGUCAUCACAAAAUCUACCGAUGAGAUGUUCCUCACGAGCCUGUACGACUGGUACCUCGAGAAGGGCUGGAGCGAUCGCCUACUGCAGACCGACACUCCCCUUGUUGUCACGUAUCUGGAGCGCAAGUCGACCGACGAUCUUUCCCACGCCGAUUUGCUAUGGAAAUACUACGCUCAGUCGCAACGAUUCUUCGACGCGGCCCAGGUGCAAUACAACCUCGCUCAAAGUGCUUUUACGCUUCCCCUUAGCCGCAGAAUCGAGUAUCUGGGUCGGGCCAGAGCCAAUGCCUCGAUCUUCACGCCAGACGUGGGACGGCAACAACGACAGCGACUUCUGCGCGAAAUUUCCAAUCUAAUUGAUGUUGCAAACAUCCAGGACGAUCUCUUGCAGCGUCUCCGGGAUGAUAGGCGGAUUGAGGCGGAUCGCCGAGAGGAGGUCAUCCGUGAUGUUGACGGUGCGAUCAUGGAUAUUAGCACACUAUUCAACCAAUACGCCGACCCCGCUAGCUACUACGACAUUUGUCUCCAGAUCUUUUACGCCGCCGACUAUCGCGACCCUGCCAACAUCAAAAUUACGUGGCAACACCUCCUCCAAAAUCUGCACGAUGAAGUCGCCGAGAGGGGCGAGAUCCCUCCCUUCGAAGCCGUCGCCGAAAAGGUCCGCAACCUUGGCGGUCGUCUCCGCAUGUCCGAAGUCGUCUUCCCCAUCUCCAUCAUCCUCCCCCUGCUGGAGCGCUACUCCCUCGAGCACCAGCGCGGCGUCGCCCCGGCCACCUGGAUUGUCGACCUCUUCCUCGACCUGGGUGUCGCGCACGAGGCCCUCUACGCCGUCCUCGAAUCUAUGUUCUACAUUGAUGAGGCCCCCUUCCACGGUUCCAACCGCAAAUACAUCGCCAAGGACUUGCUUUACGUCAUUGACCACUGGUUCCGGGAUACCGUGCGUCUCGGAGGCGCCGUCUUCGGCAGCGAUGUCAUUGCCGAGCGGAUCUGCGAAACCCUCCUUCUCCUCCUUCAGACGAGUGCCAUUCCUCCGGAUCAGUUGCAACAAGCUCAAGAACUGCGGCGGAAGAUCGAGGAAAUCUUGCGAUAUGAAUGA